GUAAAUAACAGAUCGUUUAAUGUUGAUAGACGGUCGACAUAAUUGAAUAUAUUUUGAAAGCGAUCGAACACAGAAACAAUGCAAGUCAUGAAUAACUAAGUGUUAUUUGGUAUGAUAACCACGGAAAGUAAUUUUGGAAUAUCAUUCAUGACAAUUUACUUGUCGCCAGUUUUCCGACGGUAUAGUGCGGAAAAUUGCCGGUGAUUAUACGAGGUUUGACGCAACGGGGACCUUUCAAGCCAUCUCGCUCACAUUGAAAGUAGCUUUAACAAACGGAUUUAUUGUGACAACCAAUAAAUUUUAUGUAUACUGCCGCGUGUGAUAUUAACAAGCUAUUUGAUAGACUAGAAUGUACGCUCAUCGCAUAAUGACGUUAUUUUAUUUCCUCGUCUCUUUUCUGGAAUUUUACUCGGUGAUUUGUGAGAACAUAACAAUUGGAUAUAUUACAGGAUCCCAAAAACCUGAAGACGGUUUUUAUCGGCGCCCCGGUCAAGCCAUUUCCGGCGCCCUUACUCUUGCUUUGGAUGAAAUUAAUAACGACACUGCAAUCUUACCAGAUCAUAAAUUGACGUUUUUAAUAGCAGAGACGCGGGGAAAGGAAUUUAUCAGCAUAAAAGAGACUGUUGAGUUAAUUAAUAAGAAUAUUUCUGUUUAUAUUGGACCCCAGGAAACUUGCAUCCAUGAAGCAAAGAUUGCGGCGGCCUUCAACAUUCCUAUGAUAUCUUAUUUUUGUUCCGAAGUUGAUGUUAGUAACAAUGAAUCAUAUCCAACAUUUGCCAGGACGAAGCCAACUGAUUCACAAAUUUCAAAAAGUGUUGUGUCCAUAUUGAAAAAGUUCAAAUGGCAAAAAGUUACAUUUGUUCAUACAAGCGAACCAGUCUUACAGCACACAGCAGACACAAUUUAUGAUCUCAUGCACAUGUAUGGUUUAGAAGUGACAUUCCGGAAAGUUUACAAAGGUCCUUAUUUUCACAGACACACGGUGAAUCCAUUCAUCAAAAUAAUUCAAGAAACAUUCGUUGAUACAAGAAUUUAUGUGAUAUUGGGACAAAAUUACGAGUUUGUUGGUUUGCUGGAUCACUUGAAUGACAGAGGUCUUCUUGACACGGGGGAGUACUUUGUUAUUGGUGUUGAUGUUGGGCAGUAUGAUCCAAAAGAUGCACAGAAAUAUUUCAAAGGGAUUUUUACGGACAAGAAUGUUACAAGCGACAUACAAGGAGCAUUUCGGUAUUUUAUUGGUGUUGCAUACUCCCCACCAGUGUAUCCGGGUUAUGACACGUUUUCAAGACUUGUAAAUAAGUAUCUUGAAGCACCGCCAUUUAACUUUGAGAACCCCUUUGCAACCUAUGGAGGGCUUAAAAUAAUAAGACCGGAAGCGGCCUAUCUCUACGAUGCAUUAUGGUUGUACGCCAAAGCUGUCCAUAAAUGUAUUGUUGAAGAAAUAGAUUACAAGAACGGCACAAAUGUCAUCAAUAAAAUCAAACAUCAAACAUAUAUGAGUGCUAUGGGUUAUAUUUUGCGUAUUAAUGAGUUGGGGGACGCUGAAGGCAAUUAUUCACUUAUUGCACGCCAUCACUUGUAUGAAGGUUCGGAAGAUUUUGGAAUGUUCCCUGUCGGGGUAUUUAGGCUCAACCAAAAUCUGACUGCUUUACCGACUUUCCAUUUCUACAAGGAUGGUCAUAUUGAAUGGCCGGAAGGAUCACCGCCUAUUGACGAACCACCAUGCGGAUAUCGCGGACAAAAAUGUAUUCCUGCAAAAACCUACACGAAGGAAAUACUCUCUGGGGUCACUGGUGGACUGGCAUUAAUUGUUCUAAUAAUUGGCUUUCUAGUCUAUAGAAACUGGAAAUAUGAAAACGAUCUGGCUAGCUUGUUGUGGAAAAUUGAAUAUAAAGAUAUUGACUUUAAAGAUCAUUUUCUUGGUACAAUGUCUUCAAAAUGUGCCACUAAAGGACGGAGAAACACAGUUGUUCGUGUGAACAGUAGAAUGUUUCAGCUACAAAAUUGCCAGCGAACUGCUGUUGUUCGAGUUAACAGCCAGAUGUCAUUGGCAUCGCAGGGUGAGUUCGAUUUCCGGCAGCUUUUCACAUGUGUUGCCACGUAUAAAGGUAUGGUGAUUGCCGUGAGGAAAAUAAGGAAAAAGAAUGUUGAACUGACAAGAAGCAUAAAGAAAGAGCUAAAAGUGAUUCGUGACUUACGACACGACAACUUAAAUCCUUUCAUAGGGGCAUGUCUAGACUCUCCAACUGUGUUGAUAGUAACAUCAUAUUGUUCAAAAGGAAGUCUUCAAGAUCUUCUAGAGAACGACGACAUUCAGCUUGAUGACAUGUUUAGAGCAUCACUCGUGUUUGACAUUAUAAGGGGUAUGAUUUAUCUACACGAUAGCGAGAUAAAAUCACAUGGUAAACUAAAAUCCUCAAAUUGUCUGGUUGACAACAGAUGGGUGUUGAAAAUUACAGAUUUUGGUUUGCACGAGUUCAUGGAGGGAGAGGAAGACGAAGAUGAAGGAGACUUUGCUAAAUAUAGAAAUCUUCUUUGGAAAGCACCGGAAUUGUUACGGGUAAAUAAUUCCCCAAGGCGGGGUACGCAGGAAGCAGAUGUAUAUUCAUUUGCCAUAAUAAUGUAUGAGAUUCAUGGUAGAAAAGGUCCAUAUGGAGAUAUUGAACUUUCUCCUAAAGACAUUAUUGAUCGGGUCAAAGAGUGUCACAACUACAUUCCAUUUCGUCCACAUCUUGGAGCGCUUGAUACGACGCUGAAAAUAGUUAUAGAUGUUAUCAAAGAGUGCUGGGAUGAAGAUCCAGUACGAAGACCAGAUUUCAAAACCAUCCGAAACCGGCUGAAACCAAUACAGAAGGGAAUGAAACCCAAUAUCAUGGAUAAUAUGAUAGCUAUGAUGGAGAAAUACGCGAGCAAUCUUGAGGCGUUGGUGGAGGAACGAACUGACCAGCUCAGGGAAGAGAAAAAGAAAACUGAAGACAUCUUACUUCAAAUGUUGCCUAAGGCGGUGACGGAACAAUUGAAGCGAGGGAAGGUUGUUGAAGCGGAAUCAUUUGACAAUGUUACCAUCUAUUUCUCUGAUAUUUGUGGUUUCACAGCAAUGUGUGCUGAUAGCUCUCCAUUGCAGGUUGUAAGUUUGUUGAAUGAUUUGUACACAUUGUUUGACUCUAUCAUCGAGAACUAUGACGUGUAUAAAGUGGAAACAAUUGGUGACGCUUACAUGGUCUGUUCAGGGUUACCUAAACGAAACGGUAUUCUACAUGCAGGGGAAAUAGCGUCGAUGUCUCUGCACUUACUGAAAGCCAUAAAACAGUUUAAAAUUCGCUUUCGUCCAGACGACACUCUGAAGUUGCGGAUUGGAAUUCAUUCCGGGCCUGUUGUUGCUGGUGUUGUAGGCCUUAAAAUGCCUCGAUAUUGUUUGUUUGGUGACGCUGUAAAUACCACUAGCAGGAUGGAGAGCAAUGGCCUCGCGUUGAAGAUCCACUGUUCUCCACAGUGCAAAACACUUUUGGAUGAAUUGGGUGGAUAUAUAUUAAAGGAGAGAGGACUUGUAGCAAUGAAGGGCAAAGGCGAAAUCCUGACGUAUUUGCUGAUUGGUGAAAAUAAACAGAAACGUUUAAAACGAUUGGAAUCUGUAUCCGCCGCUCAAGGCUUUGCUGUGUCAACUGUAAGUGAAUGUGAUAUGGACGAAACUAUUCAGUUCCGAACAUCCCUUGAUGGUGAAACAAACAGAGCAUAUCAUUCCGUCCGCGAGUCGUUAGAUAAUACAAAUGGACCUGAAGAAGAGUUUGAUAAUAACACAGUGACAAAUGAUCUUUGUAGUGAAGAGACUGGUCCAAGUUUUCAUGACACUGGAAUAUUAUGUAACGGAAAACAUAAAAUUGAUCACAAUAGGCACAGAAAUGGUGAUAUUGAGACGCGUGUAGAAAUGAAACCACUUCUUGGUCACGUGACAUGAGUUGCUAUUGGUUCUUGGACAACAUUGUACAUAUGAUGCAACAGCUGACUGUUGGAACGGCAACCAUAUCACACACAACUCAAGAUUGUAAUGAGAUUUGACAUUCCAAUAUAUCAUUGAUAUAAAAUGUACAUAAAAAAAACAAUUACUUUAUUUUAUUUGACUGUGAUUUUUAAUUGUUACUCAAACAAUAUUCAUGAAAACGAAGUUAGCCUAACUCAGUUCUCGAGUGGUUUUGUAGUGAGCUGAUAUAUCGGGCUAAAGUGUAGAGGAGAAAUGCAUAAAUACUCACAAUUAACCUUUGUUAACUGGUAAUCGAAAACAAAGGCCACUGAAAAAGUAUUUGCGAAUAAAACUUAAUUAAUUCACAUUUUAGUCUGAAGACAAUUUUUAUAUAUUAUUUCUUAUCAUGAACAUGUAUUAUGAUUUUGUAUAUGAUAAAAUAUAUUUCAAGAUAAAACUUUCCUAAUGUCA